UCUGAAAGGAAGAUCGAAUUUGAAAGGAAAAUGUUGAACAGCAUAGAAACAUUGUGACAUCAAUGUCCGCAACGGCCGUUCAAGCGGAUUCCUGCAGCCAAUCAGUUGGCAGAGUCGCUGCCGGAGUUGUGGGGAGGCUGCGCUCAUCGUGAUGUUGAGCGCAAAUACCUACCUCUCCGUCUAGUCUAGCCGUCCUGGUCCUCCCAGGCACACGCUGCCGAGUUCGGCGUCCGAGACUAUGCAUAUCGACAUACAGAAAACUACUUUCCAAAAUUGGUCGCUAUUGUUCGGUGAUCUUUUUUUUAUUUUUUUACCAAUUGUGAAUUUGGAGAUUGGUGCUCAUCCAUCGAUUUGACGCGAGCCUCGAAGGAUGAGGAUUGAGGAAUGAAGACGUCCGCCGCAGAUUCUUAUACAACAGGUAUGAGCCAAGGUCCCAGCCUCCUGGAUAAUUAACCCAGCAGCCGCUUGCCCUCUGGCCCCCCCACCAUCAUGGAGAGCCUGGCUGAGCUCCAGAACCCCUUGCUGGACAAGACCUCCAGCAGACAUGUGGUUCACCACGGCAACUACCACCAGCUUCAGCAGCAGCAGCAGCAGCAGCAGCAGCAGUACCAUCGGCAAGGAGACCUGAUUGGCUACCUGUACGCCGGCCCCCACAGCCGGCCGGCCCCAACUAAGAGCCAGGAGUUCCUGGACGCCACGUCGCUGCACCUGGCCGUGGAGGCCUUCUACCGGCCAGCGGGCUUCAUCCUGUACACCGACAACGUCAGCCUGCACAGCAAGGACUCAGGCCGCAGCGAGAGCUUGGAGACCACCUUCACGGAGGGCAAGGGCCGGGCCCUCACCGACGGGGGGUCCACGGCGGGGGAGGAUGAGGAAGAGGAGGAGGAGGAGGAGGAGAUGGAGGAACCCGCGGAGGACGGCAGUGGCGCCGAGAAGGAGGUGAAGAUCCAGACGGUCUGCUACGACGUUGAGGAGGAACCCGCCCAUGAGUACGAGAGCGACAGCUCCAGCGACAGUGACAGCGAGGACAACUUCCUAAUGCAGCCCCCCAGGGACCACCUGGGUCUGGCUAUCUUCUCCAUGCUCUGCUGCUUCUGGCCACUGGGCAUUGUGGCGUUCUACUACUCGCACAAGAGUGGCAAGGCCAUUGCUAAAGGGGAUUUCUCCCGGGCGGGCGUGAACUCCAGGCGAGCCCUGUUCCUGGCGGCCCUCUCCAUCACCGUGGGAGCGGGGGUCUACGUGGCGGUGGUGGUGGCCCUCAUGGCCUACCUGUCCAAGCCUGGACACGUAUAG